UCUAAACAUUCCGAUCCCGGAUUCACACAAUCGUCCCUGUUAUCGAAUCGGCUGAUUUAGUAAAACAUAAAAACUAAUAUAAGUAGAUUUUGCUUAGUUCAUUUUUCGUGAGCAGCGUGCGAACGAUAAUCACUGCAUCAUGGGCAUCUUAGAGAAAAUUUCUGAUAUCGAAAAAGAAAUCGCGAAAACACAGAAAAACAAAGCUACCGAAUAUCAUCUUGGUCUGUUGAAGGCCAAACUAGCCAAGUACCGGUCACAAUUACUUGAACCAUCGAAAAAAGGAGAAAAGGGAGAAGGAUUUGAUGUGCUGAAAUCGGGAGAUGCUAGAAUGGCACUGAUUGGAUUUCCUUCCGUCGGCAAGUCUACACUGCUAUCGACGUUGACCAAGACCGAGUCGGAGGCAGCAAACUAUGAGUUCACUACCUUGACCUGUAUUCCGGGUGUGAUCGAGUACAAGGGGGCUAACAUUCAACUUCUGGAUCUUCCGGGAAUCAUUGAAGGGGCUUCUCAGGGCAAGGGUCGCGGUCGCCAGGUUAUUGCGGUCGCUCGCACUGCAGAUCUGGUACUGAUGAUGCUGGAUGCUACCAAACCGAAUGUGCAUCGGGAAUUACUGGAGUACGAAUUGGAAUCGGUCGGACUAAGAUUGAACAAACGGAAGCCUAAUAUCUAUUUCAAGAUUAAGAAGGGAGGUGGUGUGAGUUUCAAUUCCACUUGCCCCAUGACUAGAUGCAAUGAGAAGAUGGUCCAGACAAUUUUGCACUCGUUUAAGAUAUUCAACGCAGAGGUUCUGUUUCGGGAGGAUUGCACCGAAGACGAGUUUAUAGAUGUGGUUUCCGGAAAUAGGAUCUAUCUUCCAUGUAUCUACGUGUACAAUAAAAUUGAUCAGAUUUCGAUCGAGGAAGUCGAUCGGUUGGCUCGUCAACCGUAUAGUGUUGUUGUGAGUUGCAACAUGCAUUUGAACCUGGACUACUUGCUAGAGGUACUGUGGGAACAUCUGAUGCUCAUUAGAGUUUACACUAAGAAGCCUGGUGCCCCGCCGGAUUUCGAUGAUGGAUUGAUUUUAAGAAGAGGAGUCACGGUUGAGCAUGUUUGCCAUGCCAUUCAUCGGACGCUGGCCGAUCAGUUUAAAUACGCACUAGUGUGGGGUACCUCUACGAAGUAUUCUCCCCAGCGGGUGGGAAUUUCACACGUAAUGCAAGAUGAGGAUGUUAUUCAAGUAGUUAAAAAGUAAUGUGACUGAGUUUGAUAUAAAAGUGAACAUCGUUUUUCUCCGUUAAUUUUGGGCUAACCAACGUGCCCUUCGAAGGUAACAGAAAUUGUUGACAGCGUCAAUUGGACAAAUGCUUCCUUCUUUGUAGGUUGGUACGCUUCCGAUUGAAGAAUUGGUUAAUCAUUCAAAUGUAAUUUUAUCAAUUUAUUAAUCUGA